UGGGUUCCGGUUUCUUGCUUGAGUAAUCACCACAUUUUUUGGGGGUUAUAACCACUUCUUCUUCUCUCUCCUCACUCUAUCUGCCUUUGCUAAGAGAGAGAGAGAGCAACAAUGGAAGCUAACAAGUCAGGUCUCACCUGGUUUCUGCUCUGCUUAGUGUUGCUAUCUCUAAGCCUUGAGUUGACACAAUGCAACGUUGGCUACGAUAGGAAGGCUCUUGUCAUUAAUGCCCAAAGAAAACUAUUCUUUUCUGGGUCCAUUCACUACCCCAGAAGUACCCCUCAGAUGUGGGCUGGUCUUGUACAGAAAGCUAAAGAUGGUGGCUUGGAUGUUAUAGACACAUAUGUGUUUUGGAAUCUUCAUGAACCUUCUCCUGGCAAUUAUAACUUUGAGGGACGGAAUGACUUGGUUGGGUUCAUCAAGACCGUCCAGAGAGCAGGGCUCUAUGUGCAUCUUCGCAUUGGACCUUAUAUUUGUUCUGAAUGGAACUUUGGGGGGUUUCCUGUUUGGCUCAAGUAUGUUCCAGGCAUUAGUUUCAGGACAGAUAAUGGGCCUUUCAAGUCAGCCAUGCAGAAGUUUACACAGAAGAUUGUUCAGAUGAUGAAAGAUGAAAAGUUGUUCCAGUCUCAAGGUGGUCCCAUUAUUCUCUCUCAGAUUGAGAAUGAGUAUGAGCCAGAAAGUAAGGCUUUUGGAGCUGCUGGCUAUGCAUACAUGACUUGGGCCGCAAAGAUGGCUGUUGAAAUGGGCACUGGGGUGCCUUGGGUCAUGUGCAAGGAAAAUGAUGCCCCAGACCCAGUGAUAAACAGUUGCAAUGGCUUUUACUGUGACUAUUUCAGUCCAAACAAACCAUACAAACCCACUAUCUGGACUGAGGCUUGGAGUGGCUGGUUUACGGAAUAUGGCGGUCCAAUUUAUCAACGACCGGUCCAGGAUUUGGCAUUUGCAGUUGCUCGGUUCAUCCAAAAGGGAGGCUCCUUUGUGAAUUAUUACAUGUAUCAUGGAGGAACCAACUUUGGAAGAACUUCUGGAGGCCCCUUUAUUACUACCAGUUAUGACUAUGAUGCUCCCAUUGAUGAAUAUGGCUUGACCAGGCAACCUAAGUAUGGCCACUUAAAGGAACUCCACAAUGCUGUUAAACAAUGUGAAAGAGCUCUGCUAAAUGCUGAUCCUACCAUCAAAUCCUUAGGCAGCUAUGAACAGGCACAUGUAUUCUCUUCCAUGUCAGGAGGAUGUGCAGCUUUUCUCUCAAAUUAUAAUCCAAAGGCAGCUGCAAGGGUGACUUUCAAUAACAGGCAAUAUAAGCUCCCACCUUGGUCCAUAAGCAUUCUUCCAGAUUGCAAAAAUGUUGUCUUCAACACUGCCAAAGUGAGAGUUCAAACAUCACAAACACAAAUGUUGCCCACAAAUUCUCUGUCGGCGUCAUGGGAGAUCUUUAACGAAGACAUAUCUUCAGUGGAUGACGAUUCAAAAAUCACAGUUGUUGGGCUUUUAGAUCAGUUAAAUGUCACAAGGGACUCCAGUGAUUAUUUAUGGUACACAACAAGUGUUCAUAUAGAUUCAUCAGAAUCCUUUCUAAAGAAAGGCGAACAUCCCAUUCUGAGUGUACAAUCAGCUGGAGAUGCUUUGCAUGUUUUUGUCAAUGGACAACUUUCAGGUUCUGCUUAUGGGACAAGGGAAAAAAGGAGAUUCACUUUUACAGGAAAUGUCAACCUUCAUUCCGGAACUAAUAAACUAUCACUGCUCAGCAUAGCUGUUGGAUUAGCGAACAAUGGCCUGCACUUUGAGACACAAAACACAGGAAUACUAGGUCCAGUUAUCCUAAGAGGCGUAGACCACGGGAAGAUUGAUUUAUCAUGGCAGAGAUGGUCUUACAAGGUCGGGCUAAAAGGGGAAGCCGGGAAUCUUGGCUCUCCAGAUUCCGUUUCCUCUGUUGAUUGGAUGAGGGCAUCCUUAGUGGCAGAGAAGCAAAUGCCACUGACGUGGUAUAAGGCUUAUUUUGAUGAACCCGCAGGAGAUGAGCCUUUGGCUUUGGACAUGAGCAGCAUGCAGAAGGGUCAAAUAUGGAUCAAUGGUCAGAACAUUGGAAGAUAUUGGACUAUCCAUGCCAAUGGUAAUUGCAAUACAUGCAGUUAUGCCAGUACAUUCAGGCCUCCAAAGUGCGAAUUCGGUUGUAACCAACCAACUCAGAAGUGGUACCACGUUCCGCGGUCUUGGUUGAAGCCAUCUAGAAACCUGUUGGUAGUCUUCGGGGAAAUUGGUGGGGAUGUAUCAAAGAUAACACUGGCAAAGAGAUCAGUGACAACUGUUUGCGCCAAGGUUUCUGAUAACUGGCAUGCUGAAAGCAUUGGCGGACAAGAAGGGCUAACAGUGCCCAAUAUCAGCUUGCAUUGCACAGCUGGGUACUCCAUUUCCUCCAUUAAGUUUGCGAGCUUCGGGACUCCAUCAGGAAGCUGUGGGAACUUCCAGCACGGAACCUGUCAUGCCCCAAGCUCUCUUGCUGUCUUAGAGAAGGAAUGCAUAGGCCAACAGACAUGUUUAGUGACUGUAUCGAGCAGUAACUUUGGUGCAGAUCCAUGUCCAAACACACCCAAAAAAUUAUCUGUAGAAGCCCUAUGUUCUCCGAAAGAUACUACAGUGGGCAGACCCAAUUCAAGAGGACGAGGAAGAAGUCCAACCGCAAAGAAAUGCAUUUGAUUAAUUUCCAUUUAUAUUUUUGGAAAUGUAAGAAAGUUUUAUUUUCUAUGGUUGCUAUAGAUAUAGGCACAAGGGUUUGGUGUGCUUGAUGGUUCCACACACUUUCUUGUUACCCAAGAAAGGUUACAAGAAGCAAAGUGUAAUAUGAUUAUGUUAGGAAGUUUGUUAGCUUAAUUUAAUUUAAUUUGAAAGAAAAAGGAGGAGCAGUAAAAUGUGAACAAAUUCUGCGUUGAAUGAAAUGAGAAGCUUCCCAAU